AUGUCGGAUGACUUGUGUGCGACGUGUACUACAGUUGGUGAAGAUUUAUCCCAUUGCUUGGCUUUUUGCUCCUUCUCGAGACAAGUUUGGGCGUUAAGUAACAUCCCGAUGAAGGUGCAUAAUUGGGUAGGUACAACGGUGAAGGAAUGGAUUCUUUAUAUGAGGAGGUCGACGGAUGACGGUCAAUUCCGCAAUUGCAUCUUGAUUUGUUGGGCGUUAUGGUCGUUUCGAAAUAAAAAACUUCAUGAAGUAGUGGUAGUGGAAGCAAUGGAAGUUGUUACUUUCGUUCGGCAUUACGUUGAGAUGUUGAAUAAUCCUGUUGCAAGAGUCCUUAAUGUGACUAGAUCCAAUCCGAUUCCCAAAUGGAGAUGCCCUGAGCCGGAAGUGAUUAAGCUGAAUUUUGAUGCAUCAGUUAACGUUGCGCUUGGAAGUGUGGGUAUCGGAAUAAUGGCGAGGUCUCAUACGGGAGAAUGCGUAGGUUGGUCGUCACAUUUCCUGUUGCAAAGUCUUGAUCCAACGUCGGCGGAAGCUAAGGCUGCAUAUUAUGCGAUGAUCUUUGCACGAGAGAAAGGUUGGCAAAAAAUUAUUGUUGAAGGUGACUCAAGCACUGUAAUAUCAUCGAUUAAUGGCGCCACAGAAGAUCGAUCAAUGCAUGGGGCUAUCAUUGCAGAUAUUCUUGUUGCUAAGGGCUGGUUUGAUGGGUUCUCUGCUAGGCAUAUUAAUAGAAAAGGGAAUCAAGUUGCACAUGAAGUAGCUCGACUUUCACUUAAGGGUCCAAAUCUUUUGCCGAAUCUCCCUUUGGUGAUUCAAAAUAUUGUAAACUUUGAAGCUGAAGAUUAA